AUAUAUAUCUUGUCAGUUCUAUUACAGUUUUCUGAGAGAUUCCAUGACGAUAUUGACAAGUUGGCCUCGCAAUACUCCUCCUCUCCCGUCCCCUCCCCCACCCAGUGCCACGCCCACACAAUUAGUGGAGCUGAACUAUGCACUAGAGUCAACACCGUAUCACUAUAUAUGGAGGCUAAUAGGAUGAUAGGACAGCACUCGUCAAGUUUCAUGUUGGACUCUGGAACAAGUGGACAAGGAAUAAAGUCAAGUGCAAUCAGUGGUGACUCAGUGGUUGAUGAGAGUACUCAGCUAUCAGAUAAAGUAUCAGUUAAGAGGUCAAUGAUAGGGAGACACUGUGUGAUUGGAGAGAAAGUUAAAGUCAUCAAUUCAGUAAUUAUGGAUCAUGUGGUCAUUGGAGAAAGUUGCACAAUUCAAAACUCAAUUUUAUGCAAUCAAGUCCGACUGGAGGAGAAGGCAACACUCAAAGACUGCACUGUAGGCCCACGUGUUACUAUUAAUAGCAAAGCUGAGCACAAAGGAGAAUUAUUAGUUGAAGAUUCAGAGCUUGACUUUUAAAAUCACAAAAAAAGAACUACAUUAAUAAUAAUAAUAAUAAUAAUAAUAAUAAUAAUAAUAAUAAUAAUAAUAAUUAA